AUGGCAAGCACGACAAAUUCAGCGCGUCUUGAUGAUCAUGGCUUUUCUACUGAUCAGUCAUUAAACACCAAUAGUAAAUUAGUUAACGAUGUUAUUGUGAUAAAGAAUCAUGAUGGUUUCAAAAUCGGAAGGAUCAAUGACAAUCACCCAGGUUAUUACGGCACGGUCGGUUCCGGCCGUUUCCUGCAAACUUCGAGCUGGAAACGAAACUCGCUGGAAUCGGCGAAAACUGUACCAGAAUCGAGAAGAGCUGUACCGGAGCCGAUUCAGAUUUCAACGGGUCCAGUCGCCGCAAUGAUCGACCUGGGAACUUUAACACGUCGAUGUCACUUAUUGGCGUUGGCUGAUAUCGAGAAAAAAAAGGAAACUAUUCUCAAUAUGGAAUCAAUGAUCAAUCUUCUUAUUCAAAAGUUAAUCACUAUGCCGAGUUCUUCGGAAAUUAUCAAGAUUUUGCUCAAUGAUCAAUCGUUCGAAUUCGAUGAUAUUGUCGCAAAAAUCUACGCUCAUCUUAAUCAAAUCGAAAGUGAAGAAAAUCUUGAAAAUUUGGCACAGAUCGUAGCACACAUUAGCAUUGAUAAAAAUCGUCUUCCCGAUAUUGGAAAACAUUUAUCUAACGUUUUGGAUCAUAGAUCGAACAAAGCGAAGUUUACGCGAAUUCUCGUUGACGAAAUUGAGAACAAUAUUAGUCGAUGUUUAGCAUUUCGUCCAUUCAUUAUUGAUUUCUUUUUUCAAUCGAAUGAUUCAUCUUGCGAAUCUUUUUCAAAUUUCGAUUAG